GCAGAUUUUCAAAGUAAAAUCGCUAAACGACCUGUACUCAUACGGCUAUUUUAAUCAGUCAUUGCUCAUCUAAUCGCGAAUUCUUCACAACCGAUACAUAAUUAUCUACGUAAAUAGAUCUUGUACGUGCGAAGAGAGAAUCGUUAAAAACAGCUGAUUGCCCUGACGUUCGCAUUGUAAAUGAAUCUACGUUUGUGAAAAUUAGUGUGAAUAUGUGUUCAUAAGGAGCUGAUAAUUUUGCUUAUGCAUAGCAGUUUGCUGCAGUUUGACACAUUCAAUAGUACAUAACCUCAUAUCAUAUUGCUGUGGGCUUGUAGUCAAUUGUCGACGCUGAAAUACACCUGCCGAAAUAUGUUUUAUAAACCAGAAUCAGUGAUUAUUACAAAUUUCGAAAAUAACAUUCAAAGGGUUAUACUGAAUAGACCAUCGAAAAAGAAUGCCAUAACGAAGCAGAUGUAUUUAGAUUUGACAACGAUAAUAACAGAAUCAGCAAAAAAUGAUGCUGUUCAUGCACUUGUGAUGACAGGUAAUGGAGACUUUUACAGCAGUGGAAAUGAUUUUGUCAGUUAUAUGAUGGAAUCUACUGAUAUUGAUGAAAGAGAUACAUCUGAAGUAAAAAACUUUGUGGAUACAUUGAUUUUGUAUCCAAAACUUUUAAUUGCCAUUGUCAACGGUCCAGCUGUCGGAAUAGCAGCAACAACAUUAGCUCUAUUUGAUAUUGUUUAUGCUUGUGAUACAGCAUAUUUUUGGACUCCAUUUUGCAAAUUAGGAUUAUCCCCUGAAGGUUGUUCUUCCUAUACUUUUUCUAAGAUAAUGGGACCAUCAAAAACAUCAGAAGUUCUAUUUUUUGGAGAAAAAUUAACUGCAAGAGAAGCUGCUCACUGUGGACUAGUUAGCAAAGUUUACAAACCAGGAGCAGUUGAUGAAGUUUGGUCACAUAUAAAUAAAAUAGCAUCUCUUUCAAAAGAGAGUAUGGCAUCUACAAAAAAACUGUUAAGCAGGUGGAACCAAAAAGUACUAUUAGAAGUGAAUAAAGAAGAGAUGAAUAUCCUCAGUGGAAUAUAUAGGAAAUCAGAUUUUGUGGAAAGAGUCUUUCAAUUUAUGUCAAAAAAGAGCAAAAUCUAA